AUGAUGCAGCCUCCAGCUUUCUGCUCUUUCAGUAGUAUUCACAAUUUUUACAUACCAUGGUCCAACCAUCCUCCCAUCCUCCAUCACCCAUCCUGCCAGCCGCCAUCACCCAUCCUGCCAGCCGCCAUCACCCAUCCUGCCAGCCGCCAUCACCCAUCCUGCCAGCCGCCAUCACCCAUCCUGCCAGCCGCCAUCACCCAUCCUGCCAGCCGCCAUCACCCAUCCUGCCAGCCGCCAUCCUGCCAGCCGCCAUCCUGCCAGCCGCCAUCACCCAUCCUGCCAGCCGCCAUCCUGCCAGCCGCCAUCCUGCCAGCCGCCAUCCUGCCAGCCGCCAUCCUGCCAGCCGCCAUCCUGCCAGCCGCCAUCCUGCCAGCCGCCAUCCUGCCAGCCGCCAUCCUGCCAGCCGCCAUCCUGCCAGCCGCCAUCCUGCCAGCCGCCAUCCUGCCAGCCGCCAUCCUGCCAGCCGCCAUCCUGCCAGCCGCCAUCCUGCCAGCCGCCAUCCUGCCAGCCGCCAUCCUGCCAGCCGCCAUCCUGCCAGCCGCCAUCCUGCCAGCCGCCAUCCUGCCAGCCGCCAUCCUGCCAGCCGCCAUCCUGCCAGCCGCCAUCCUGCCAGCCGCCAUCCUGCCAGCCGCCAUCCUGCCAGCCGCCAUCCUGCCAGCCGCCAUCCUGCCAGCCGCCAUCCUGCCAGCCGCCAUCCUGCCAGCCGCCAUCCUGCCAGCCGCCAUCCUGCCAGCCGCCAUCCUGCCAGCCGCCAUCCUGCCAGCCGCCAUCCUGCCAGCCGCCAUCCUGCCAGCCGCCAUCCUGCCAGCCGCCAUCCUGCCAGCCGCCAUCCUGCCAGCCGCCAUCCACCCAGCCGCCAUCCACCCAGCCGCCAUCCACCCAGCCGCCAUCCACCCAGCCGCCAUCCACCCAGCCGCCAUCCACCCAGCCGCCAUCCACCCAGCCGCCAUCCACCCAGCCGCCAUCCACCCAGCCGCCAUCCACCCAGCCGCCAUCCACCCAGCCGCCAUCCACCCAGCCGCCAUCCACCCAGCCGCCAUCCUGCCAGCCACCAUCCACCCAGCCGCCAUCCUGCCAGCCACCAUCCACCCAGCCGCCAUCCUGCCAGCCACCAUCCACCCAGCCGCCAUCAGCCAUUUUAGCAUUACACAGAAUUGCCUGCUAUAA